CCGCGGGGUUCCGACGGUCUCUAGUCACUUGACGGCGACUUUUAAUUGGCGGCAGCGGUAAUAAUGGCCGCCAUGCCUUCACGUACUCUCGACGACACGUUCUUGUGGGGCUUAAAAUCUAACAGUUAGGGGACGUUUGUAUGUGAAACCGAGUGGAAGUGUCAAAUAACUAUACCUGGGCUGAGGGGGAGUGGACUGAGUGUCGUCACCAGCAGGUUACAGUCCUCUUCUGGACUCGAACCUGAUCCACAUUUUGGUGCCACGGCGAGGUCCAAAUGUCCUCCUGAGACCUGCAGUGACAUGCUCGGACUCUGACAUGAGUUUCAUGUGGACAGUGAGGAGGAUUGUUGUCAUGUUGUUGUCUCUCUCCCACCUUCUUCUUCUUCUGGAAGGAGCCCAGAAUCGACCUUCAGGUUCAGAAGCAAGAAUACAAAGACGAGCAAAUGCACUUCGGAGGAAACGGGAUCUCCUGUGGGAAGAGACCCCGCUGCUCUCGGAGGAGGGUUUGUCCCGCGGCGUUUUGCACAACUACACAGCCAGAGACUCCUCUUCAGAGUUUUGCAACUGCCUCAAUGGCGGCUGGUGUCAGGAGGAUGGCGUGUGUGACUGCGCUCAGUUCCAGGCCCUGGGAGACCGCUGCCAGAUUAUACCCAACCAGGGCCAAGAUAGAGAUGGGAUUUGCAGGUCAUGGGGUCAACACCACUAUGAGACUUUUGAUGGGAUGUACUUUUACUUUCCUGGCACUUGCUCCUACAUUCUGGCUCAGGAUUGCCAUUCUGCAACACCACAGUACACAGUGUGGAUCCACAACAGCAGAGUGUGCGACGGGAGUGUAUAUUCCUGCCCAAGAGCGCUCAGUCUGCUUUUCCCAAACGAGGAUGAGAUCCACAUAUCUUCGUACCUUGUCUACCAGGGAGGACGCAGGCUCAGUCUGCCUCACACGAUUGGCGGGGUUUUUAUCGAGCGUCUGGCCGAUUACCUGCUGGUGAAAAGUGUUUUUGGCUUCUCACUGGCCUGGGAUGGAGGAUCAGGAGUCUACUUGAAGAUGAGCGAGGAGCACAAGGGCGCCCCUUGUGGCUUGUGUGGGAAUUUCAACAAUAUUGCCGGCGAUGACCUCACCACUGCUCGUGGCAUUCGGACCAAUGAGCCAGCAGUUUUUGCUAACAGCUGGGCGGUGGACCUGCCCCAUGAAAGAGCCUGUCCCUCUGUAGACCUUGACUUCAGUGGACCGUGCGAGUCGGAAUCAGACAUGGAUGAUGCCAUCGAAAAAUGCAGUGCCCUUCUCUUCUUCCCCUUUCUGUCCUGUCAUGAGAAUAUUGAUCCUCAUCCAUUUGUGGCCAGCUGUGUCUCUGACCUCUGUGUAUCUGACGACGAGGAGACAUUUUGCCGUGCCUUGGUGGAGUACACCCGGGCCUGCUCUCAUGUCGGAUAUCCAGUGAGGGAGUGGAGAGAUAGCUUUUCUUCCUGCAACGACGGCUGCGAGGAGAGCUUUGUCUACAGAGACUGUAUCAGCUGCUGCCCCCCCACCUGCACAUUUGAAAAGGAGUGCCUUGGAACCAAUCUGCAUUGCCUGGAUGGCUGCUACUGUCCUGACGGGCUCAUCCUACAAAAUGGAACGUGCAUCGCUGCUUCUCAGUGUCCAUGUGUUUACCACGGUACAUCAUACGUGCACGGGCACACGCUUCGACAGGGUUGCAAUGUUUGUGUCUGCAUGGGAGGAGUGUGGAACUGCACUGAGAACAACUGCACAGCGGAAUGUUCUGUAGUGGGGGACGUGUUUGUGACCACGUUCGACGGGAGAAUGUUUCUCCAGCCGGGAGCUUGCCAGUACGUCCUCAUUAAGAGCCGGGGCAGCAGCAGAUUCACCGUCACGCUGCAGUACACUACCUGCACUGAGAAGCAGGUGUGUAUUCAGUCUGUGACACUAGUGAUGGAGGAAGAUGUGAGUCGUCAGAUCACUCUGACCAGGGAAGGUGGCGUGAUGGUCGGAGUCAACUCGGCACCUGUCCUGCCCUAUUUUGAUGAUGCAUUGGAUGUGCGCAAGCUGACCUCUGUGUUCACACAACUAAAGGCAAAGAUCGGGCUGAAGCUGCAAUAUGACGGCAGAGGAGGGCGAAUCCAUCUGCAGCUGGACAGCCGCUGGCGAGGACUGACGCUUGGCCUAUGUGGAACCUUGAACGGGAAUCUUAGAGAUGACUUCCUGUCUCCUGCAGGCAUGAUAGAGGGAACGCCGCAGCUCCAUGCCAAUGCUUGGAAGGUGUCUUCAGCUUGUGUAGCCCCGGUUAACCUGCCCAUUGUUGACCCCUGCGAGAUAAACCUACAGAAUGUAUUCUAUGCCUCCCAGUGUGAGGUGCUCCUGGGGAGCGUAUUCGCCCCGUGUCAUGGCUACAUCAGUCCCAACAUCUACCAACAGCAGUGUCGCUACCAGGCCUGCCGUUGUGGGAGCAGUUGUCUGUGCACCUCUCUAGCUCACUAUACACUGCUCUGCUCCAAGCACGGCAUUGAUGUUCCUUUCAGGGCACAUGUCUCUGACUGUGGAGUGGUGUGUCUCGGAGGGAUGCUGUACCACUCGUGCGUGUCAUCCUGCGGGCGGUCCUGUCGUGCUUUGUCCAGCCUGGAAAUGUGUAACCCCGACGACUGCGCGGAAGGGUGUGGAUGUCCUGACGGCAGUUACUAUGACGACGUUCGCCAGCGAUGCGUGCGACUGGCUCAGUGCCACUGUUACACAAUGGCUGGCGUAUCACAGCCAGGAGAGGUCGUCUUCAGCGCAUCUGGUCCUUGCCUGUGCAGGAAUGGGAAGCUAGAGUGUGAGCCAGAAGAAAAAGAGACAGAUAGUGCAGAGACUGGGGAGUGUCCCGCGGGGAAAGUGUACCAUAGUUGCACCGAGCUGAGAGGAGGAGUGGCCUGCGCGCCGACCUGCCGCAACCUCAUGUUGAACGUCACCUGCCCACCAAACACGCCAUGCAUCCCGGGCUGCAUCUGCCCUGCUGGGCUGGUGCUGCACCGUGGGGAGUGUUACUAUCCAGAGAACUGUCCCUGUGUCUGGCUUGGCCUGGAGUAUCUCCCAGCAGAGACUGUGCAAACACCCUGUUAUAAAUGUGUGUGUCACCGUGGCUAUUUUAACUGUAGCUAUUCACCAUGUCCAGCUGUGUGUACUGUCUACAGUGACAGACAUUACCACACCUUUGACGGCCUGGAGUAUGACUACCACUCCGACUGCCAGGUCUACCUUCUGAAAAGUUCAGGAGAAACCGAAGUAUCCAUUGUUGCCCAAAAUAAGGACUGCUAUGAAAGUGGCAUUGUGUGCAUGAAAACUUUGGUCAUACACGUGGGACUUACCAAGAUCUACUUCAUGGACAACUCUGGCAACCCUAGCCCAUCCACCCAGGUGGGCCGAGAGUCCGUGUUUGAGCUGUGGAAAGCAGGCUACUACACUGUUGUCCACUUCCCCAAUCAGGACCUGACUGUCCUGUGGGACCGCAAGACAACUGUGCACAUCAGGAUUGGACCUCAGUGGAAGGGCGUUCUCAGUGGGCUAUGUGGAAAUUUUGACGGUGUGACAGUGAAUGAUAUGACCACGUCGAGCCACAUGGAGGUCAACAAUGCACAGACCUUUGGAGAUAGCUGGACACUGGGACAGUGCCAAAGCGACUAUGUAGUGGAGCGACCGUGUGAAGCUGACUUGGGGAGACAGCCAUACGCCAAGAGGGAAUGUGCACGCCUGUACAGUGAUGUUUUUGCGCCAUGCCACAAUGUGGUGGAUGUGGCCUGGUUCUACAGAAACUGCCUGACGGACACUUGCAACUGUGACCGAGGGGGCGACUGUGAGUGUCUGUGCACAUCCAUUGCUGCCUACGCACACAAAUGUUGCCAGCAGGGGGUCACCAUACACUGGAGAUCACCCUCUCUGUGUUCUCAGGAUUGUGAAUACUAUAAUAAAGGGCUCGGCGAUGGCCCUUAUUCCUUGGUGAGCGCUGUCCAUAGCAACACAAUGAUGGGAGUAAAUCGCACAAGCGGCUCAGUGUUUCCUCUGCUGAGGGACAGUUCAGGUCAUUUGCCCACCACUGGACUACUUUUCAACUUCAUGGUGACUACAGGUCUGCAGAGGAACAGAACGUCACGCAUCCCCAUGGUGUCCCUAGAGUCUGCAGAGAGACCCAACUAUUUCCUCGUGGUGGCUGGGAAGAGAUGUCUCCAGCUGGAGCGCUGGAGUCGAGGGGAGGAGUUUCGACGCAGAGCGACUUUUAUCCAGCAUCAGGGGCUGUUUCUGCCUGGUCACGCCUCCUUCGAAGUCGCCAGCCAACCUGGAACCUUUCUGACACUGACACGCACUGCAGCACGAGCCCUGAGAUAUGACACCUCCAGUGGCUUCAAAGCCAGCAGCAGCUUCAUGCUGGAAGAGACUCAAUUGGUCAUCCCCUACCGUAUGAUGUGCGAGUGGCGCUAUCAUGCCUGUGCCAGCCCUUGCGUGCGCACAUGCAGUGACCCAGAUGCUACACGCUGCCAGUUCCUGCCUCUUGUGGAGGGCUGCUUCCCACGAUGUCCCAAAAACAUGGUGCUAGACGAAGUCACCAGCAGAUGUGUCUACAUGGAGGAUUGUGUGACUCUUCCCCCGACACUCACACCUUUUGCAUUUGUGACACGGCCCAACAUAACGACGACGCCAUCGACGACGAGGACAAGGCCUACAACAACCACGACAAGCACAGCUGGAGCAAUCACGACCUCUUCCACCACCAUGAGACCAACAACCACCACCAUGAGACCAACAACCACCGCCACUACUGUCAGUCCAUCUCCCCAAGCUACUACAAUUCCGACCACCACAAUCACCUUGACAGAAUCUACCCCCACCCUGACACGCCCAUCUGCUGCUCCACCAACCGCUCGACCUCAUCCCUCCACUACUGGCACCACACCACCAGUGCCACCAGUCCCGAUAGCCUCCACAGCACCUCCUGUGAUAAUCGUCGAUACUACAAAAACGACAGCGGAGACCUCGACUGUUGCUGUGGCAACCUUGGCACCAAUGCGCACAACCACUGAGCCAGUCACGAGCAAAAUCUUAACAAGUCCAGACAUCUCUGCAACCACAUCCCCAGUCCUCAUGGCCACUACGCCCUGUACUCCUCCAUAUGUCUACCGUAUUGAUGAGUGUGCAGAGCUCAUCUGUUUCAAUGGGCAGCUGCUGCUUUACAACGCAUCCCUGCAUUGCCCCUUCAAUACUACUCGCCCUAAAUGCAGUCUGCUAGGCCUGCCCAUCCUCGCCAACAUGGACCCCUGCUGUCCGCAAUGGCAGUGUCCUUGUCGCUGCACCGUGAUGUCUGACCUGCGCGUGAUCACUUUCGACGGGAAUAACGUGGCAUUGUAUGAUGACGGCUCCUACAUCCUGGUGAAGCUGCCAACAGAGACUAUUAUUGGCACUGUGGAGAAAUGUCCAACAAGCCAGAGCGUGAACUCAAUCAGAAGACCUAGUCCAACAGGUGGAACAUCUGGUCUGUGUUUAAAGAAAUUGAAUAUUACUACCCCUUCAGACCACGUCAUUAUCAAUCGACUGGAUCGAAAGGUGAUAGUCAACUACAGGCCAACCAGGCUGCCGUUCUCCCACCAUUCUCUUCAUGUGGAAGAUACCGGCACGAUGUAUCUGAUCAGCACGCCUGGCCAUGUUGGUAUACAGUGGUAUCACAGCACGGGGAUCGCAGUGUUGCAGUAUAUAACCCCCAACGUGACAUCUGUGCCCACUCAAGGCCUGUGUGGUUGCUGUGAUGGCAACACGGAGAACGACCUGAGGCUACCUAACGGCACAGUGGUCAGAGAGGUGGGAGACAUGAUGCUCCUCCUGCAAGCUUGGAGGGUGCCCACACCGGAUGAAACCGAGCACACUCGCCGGGUUGGAGACAACUGCACCAUCGGAGACUGCUCCAUCUGUCUGCACAUGCUCCACCAGAGAGCCUUCACACCGUGCCAUAGCAAGGUUCCUCCGGAUCAGUUUUGUGACAUCAUGUGGGCGGGGGACCUCCACUACAAGGACCACCAGUGUGACUUCCUGGCAGCGUACGUGGCCGUCUGCUACACACAUCAAGUGUGCGUCAGCUGGAGGCGACACAACUUCUGCCCACUGAGGUGUCCCCUGGGGAAGGAAUAUCAGCCGUGUGUGAGCACCUGUGCCAGUCAAACCUGUCAGAACAGAGACUACUAUGAUGAGACAACCUGUGCUCUAAUCAGGGAGGAGUGUGUUUGUCACAGUGGAACUGUCUUGCAUCGUCCAGACUCUCCUCGCUGUGUGACUGAGGAUCAAUGUGCGUGCACAGAUAACGAAGGUAACCCCCGGGCCCCUGGCGAGGUGUGGAAUGGCUCCACUCACAGCUGCUGUCUGUACCAAUGUACGGACAAUGGCUCUGUGGUGGCUGUGGAGCCUGACUGCAGCUUUGCCCCAUCGCCGCUGUGUGAGAGACAGGGAGAGUACGUGCUGGAAGUGCUGGAGGAAGGAGCCUGCUGCCCGAAGAAGAUCUGUGAUUGCAACAUGACCAUCUGUGACGAUGAAGCACCAACAUGUGACGAUGGGGACCACCUGGUGAUGGGUUACAGCAGCCUGUCCUGCUGUCCAGAGUACAGAUGUGACUGUGACCCCACAGCAUGCCCCCACGACCCUGCCCCAAAUUGUAGGGAGGACCAAUUUUUAGUAGAGAUCAGAGGCGGGAAACUGUGCUGCUAUUCUUACCUCUGUGUGUGUGAGUCGUGCAUUGAGCCUGUUCCAACCUGUUCACAUGGAGAGAUCCUGGCUGUGGACCUAAACACUACUAAUAGCUGCUGCCCACAGUAUCAUUGUGUGUGCGACAUCAACAAGUGUUCUGAAUCAUCCGUGAGUUGUGCAUCUGGUCUUACUUUGGUCCAAACUACUCCACCUGGCCAUUGUUGUCCGCAGCAGCACUGUGAAUGCAAAUGUGAAGAUGGCACCCUGCCCCUAUGUCAGCUUGGGGAGGUUCUGUUGGAGGUCCCAGACAGCAGCAGCCACUGUGGCUGUCCUCAACACGCGUGCCAGAAAGCAGAGGUGUGUGUUUUCCAAGGGUUGACAGUUCUUGGGCCAGGCCAGUCGCUCAUUCAGUACUUUGAGGAAGAGCUGUGCUACACAGUCCACUGCCUGCAUCACAAAGAUCCAAUGACUGGCUUCUAUGCCAUGGAGAUCACCUCAGUCAACUGUUCCAGAAAAUGCGGGCCUCACCAAGUGUACGUCGCAUCCACUGACCCCCAGGUGUGCUGCGGCUCCUGUAAAAAUGUCUCCUGCACCUUCACCGACGACAUCGGCAUGACGGAGCUUUUUGCUGCGGGGAGCUUCUGGGUGGAGAACUGUACUCGUUAUGACUGUGUGGAAACAGCAGUGGGUGCCAUGGUGUUGGCCUCCAGCGUGGUUUGCCCACCUUUCAACGACACAGAGUGCACUCAGAACGGCGGCGUGGUUCAGAGUUACGUAGACGGCUGCUGCAAGACAUGUGCUGGAGCGGGUGUUUUACCGUUUACCGUUAAUCCUGUAACCCCCACUGGUAGUACUAACUGUGACACAGGUAAAGAAGACGGUAAGACAUGCAAGCGAGUGGCCAUCCGGACUACCAUACGCAAGGAUGACUGCAGGAGCAACACACCAGUGACCGUCUUCUCCUGUGAUGGCAAAUGUCCGUCCGCCACCAUCUUCAACUUCAACAUCAACAGUCACGCCAGGUUCUGCAAGUGCUGCCGCGAGAGCGGACUGCAGUCCCGCACGGUCUCGCUGUACUGCACACGCAACGGCACCAGUGUGCAGUACUACUUUCAGGAGCCCCUGGACUGCACCUGCCAAUGGAACUGAAUGGAAGAAUAGCAGAAGGGGAGAUCUCUGAUCAGUGCCUGAAAUAAUAAAUGGAAGGAGGUAUGAGUCUGAGAUUUCUCCAUCACUUAGAGAUAAAACUCACUUGGGGUAUUUUAGUGCUAACAAAAAGUGAAAUUAACUGUGCAAAUCUCCGUCAAUUUUUUAAAAUCAUUUUGACCUUCAAACAUUUCUCUGAGGUCUAUAACGGGGGUGUCCAAACAUUUUUCUGCCGAGGCCCACACACUAAAAAAUAAAAGCAUGCAGGGGCCAUUUUUUUCAUUUUCAAAACCCAUACAAUAUGUAGAUUUUUUAACCUUUAGGGCUCCCUUCAAAUCAUAAAAAUAAGGCUUAUUUAAUUUAUUUUUUCAAAGCUUAAAUCUCUGAAUCAACUUUAGGUCUAUCUGUCAAUAUAAAGUUGUUUUUUUAUGUUUUAUUACAUUUUUGUCAAAACUCACUUCAUGCAAUGUUUUACCCCCCAAAAAUUCAAUAAUUGAUGUAAAGUAAUUGGAGCCUUACAUAGGUCAAUAAUUCAUUACAACUUUAAUUUUAAUUUAUUAUUAUUUUUUGAGCAAUGACAGUAGAAAACGAAUAAAGUUCUUGGGGACCCAAAAUGGCCCUUCUCAUAAAAGUGUUCAAAAUAAGUCAUACUUUUGUUUUCUUUUGAUGCUUAAGGGGUGUCCAAACUACGGCUCGCCAGAAUUUUCAAAAUGGCCUGCGAGAAGUCACGAGUUCAAAAAACAAUUUAACCGGAGGAGUGUAUGCAUAACAUAUAUACAUUUCCAGUAGUCUGAUUGCUACCAUUUUACCGACAUUUACUGGUAAAUGAAUGCAUCUCUGCCAUUAAUUUUACUUUUCAAGCACACGUAGCACAACAUAUACUUAUAGAGUGUCCGCCCUGAGAUCGGUAGGUUGUGAGUUCAAUCCCCGGCCGAGUCGUACCAAAGACUAUAAAUAUGGGACCCAUUACCUCCCUGCUUGACACUCAGUAUCAAGGGUUGGAAUUGGGGGUUAAAUCACCUAAAAUGAUUCCCGGGCGCGGCCACCGCUGCUGCCCACUACUCCCCUCACCUCCCAGGGGGUGAUGGGUCAAAGGCAGAGAAUAAUUUUGCCACACCUAGUGUGUGUGUGACAAUCAUUGGUUCUUUAACAUUAACUUAACUUAUAUGCCACAGUUCAAACAACCUUCCCUAGUCACGGUGCAGAAAAAAAAAAAACAGCACAAAAAUUUAACAUACAUGGUCACACAUAAAACAAUCUGCUCAUUAAACUUUGUGGAUAUUAUUUAAAAAAAAAAAAACGUCCAAUCAACAUAAAAAGUUAAAAUAACACCCAUAAAUCCAUUACAGAGGAUGAUGGGGAAAAAUGCAAAACACUCUCCACACUUAUCCAUGUUUGGCGCAUUUUAGCUGCAUGAUAUUUUUGAUUGAUUAAAAACACU